ACUGUUAUCACACGUGUCACAUUUUGCCUCUCUUUCUCUCUUUUCUUUCUUUCUUUCUCUCUGCUUGCCCGCACUUCCCGGAGACGACGCCGGAGGGAAAUCGUACGGAAACUUUGCUUCGACUUCACGUGUGGCUGGUUGGCCGCUCCACGAAGCGCUCUCUUUUUUCUCUCUCUAGAAAACUUCGUUAUACCACCCAAUCGAUCGAAACUAGAGGAGAGAGAGAGAGAGAAGGUGAAUUCUGGUUUUGGUGGAGAGAGAGCGAUUCUCGGAAGAGGCAGAUAAAGAAAUAAGCGCAGCUUCUUCCUCCUCCUCCUCACGCGGUUGGACCUGUGACUUUUUUUUUUUUUUUUUUUUUCUUGGGGGUCUUCUUCAGGUUUUUUCAAAAAAAAAAAAAAAAAGAGAGAUUUGAUUGUGGAACCUUUGCUUAAAAAGCAACAAUAACAACAAAGAUGUCUGGUGUUGGCGAGAAUCAGCUUAUCUCCAUUCAACCUGAUGAACUCAAAUUUCUCUUUGAACUCGAGAAGCAAAGCUACUGUGAUCUUAAAGUUGCCAAUAAAACUGAGCACUAUGUUGCUUUCAAGGUCAAAACAACAUCUCCAAAGAAGUAUUUUGUAAGACCCAACACUGGUGUCAUUCAGCCUUGGGACUCUUGCAUCAUUAGAGUUACUCUACAAGCGCAACGAGAGUAUCCUCCAGAUAUGCAGUGCAAAGACAAAUUUCUCCUCCAAAGUACCAUUGUACCUCCACACACUGAUGUCGAUGAACUUCCACAAGACACAUUCACCAAGGACAGUGGAAAGACAUUAACAGAGUGUAAGCUCAAAGUCUCUUAUAUCUCCCCGUCUACUACCCAAAGAUCCUCUGAAUCCGGAGCAACAAAUGGUGAUGGACAGGGCUCAGAAACCAUCUCUACUAUACAGCGGCUGAAGGAAGAGCGUGAUGCAGCCGUUAAGCAAACACAACAGCUGCAACAUGAACUGGAGAUGGUGAAGAGACGGAGAAACCAGAGGAACGGCGGAAAUGGGCUAUCCUUAAAGUUUGCAGCUAUGGUUGGACUCAUCGGACUCAUCAUCGGUUUCAUCCUAAAACUCACUUUAGCUUCUCCCACAUAACAACCCUCAGCUUAUCCACGUCGCCUACCAUCUCAGCAUAUGUAACUGCGGAAUCAAAAACAAUUUCACACAUUUUCGGGUAUCUUACUCUGUCCAUCCCUCUUCUUAAUCUUCUAAAUUUGCGUUAUUUCUAUUCAUCCCUCUUCUUAAUGUUCUUCUUCCAUCAAAAUUUUUCCCUUUUCAGUUUAUAUUGUAUGUACAUUUUUGACCCAACAGACCCUUUCAAUCCUAAUCCUUUGCAUUGUUUGAAUGUUGACCGCUUUGCGGAGAAGGAAACCUGUUGCAAUUA